GGGCGCGCGAGGGAGAGGAGAGCUAGCCAGUUGAGGGAUUGACACAAAUGGUCAGGCGGCGGCGGAGGAGGAGGAGGCGGAGGCGCAGGGGGGAGCCGAGGCUGCUGGGCUGCCGAGAGUUGCGCGCUCUACCCGGCCGCCGCCACUAGCGCGGCGCCGCCAGCCGGGAGCCAGCUAGCCGAGGGCCAGGAAGGCGGGACGCGACCCCGGCGCGCCCGAGCCACCCGGGCUCUCCCCGCAGCCCGCGCUUCAUGAAUCGCAAGUUUCCGCGGCGGCGGCGGCUGCGGGACGCAGAGCGGGAGCCGGUGGAGAGGGCCGAGCACUGCUCGGGCUCGACGGAGGGCACCGGCGGGGAGGAGAUCGCCCCGGCCUCAGGGGAAGCAGCCGCCGGCCGCGCCACAGCCAGCCCCAGCCGAGAGGCGCCAAGAAAGGAGCCGAGAAAGUAUGGCUGAGGAGGAGGCGCCUAAGAAGUCUCGGGCCGCCGCCGCCAGCGGCGCAAGCUGGGAACUUUGUGCCGGGACGCUCCGCACUGGACCGGUGGCGGAGGGGAGCGGGGACGUGGGCAGCCGCCGCCGUCCUCCCCGAGUUGACUCCGGGCGCUUGGCGCGCGGAGUGCUACUACUGAUUUGGCUGCUGGAGGCUCCGCUGCUGCUGGGGGUCCGGGCGCAGGCGGCCGGCCAGGGGCCCGGGCCGGGGCAGCAGCCCCCGCCGCCUCAGCAGCAGCAGAGCGGGCAGCAGUACAACGGCGAGCGGGGCAUCUCCAUACCGGACCACGGCUACUGCCAGCCCAUCUCCAUCCCGCUGUGCACGGACAUCGCGUACAACCAGACCAUCAUGCCCAACCUGCUGGGCCACACGAACCAGGAGGAUGCGGGCCUCGAGGUGCACCAGUUCUACCCGCUAGUGAAGGUGCAGUGCUCCGCGGAGCUCAAGUUCUUCCUGUGCUCCAUGUACGCGCCCGUGUGCACCGUGCUGGAGCAGGCUCUGCCGCCUUGCCGCUCCUUGUGCGAGCGCGCGCGCCAGGGCUGCGAGGCGCUCAUGAACAAGUUCGGCUUCCAGUGGCCUGACACGCUCAAGUGCGAGAAGUUCCCGGUGCACGGCGCUGGCGAGCUGUGCGUGGGCCAGAACACGUCGGACAAGGGCACCCCGACGCCCUCGCUGCUGCCUGAGUUCUGGACCAGCAACCCACAGCACGGCGGCGGAGGGUACCGGGGGGGCGGCUUCGCGGGGGGCGCCGGCGCGUCGGAACGAGGCAAGUUCUCGUGCCCGCGCGCCCUCAAGGUGCCCUCCUACCUCAACUACCACUUCCUGGGGGAGAAGGACUGCGGCGCGCCCUGCGAGCCGACCAAGGUAUACGGGCUUAUGUAUUUUGGGCCGGAGGAGCUGCGCUUCUCGCGCACCUGGAUCGGCAUCUGGUCAGUGCUAUGCUGCGCCUCCACGCUCUUCACGGUGCUCACGUACCUGGUGGACAUGCGGCGCUUCAGCUACCCGGAGCGGCCAAUCAUCUUCCUGUCGGGCUGCUACACGGCAGUGGCCGUGGCCUACAUCGCCGGCUUCCUGCUGGAGGACCGGGUGGUGUGUAACGACAAAUUCGCGGAGGACGGGGCGCGCACAGUGGCGCAGGGCACCAAGAAGGAGGGCUGCACCAUCCUCUUCAUGAUGCUCUACUUCUUCAGCAUGGCCAGCUCCAUCUGGUGGGUGAUCCUUUCGCUCACCUGGUUCCUGGCGGCCGGCAUGAAGUGGGGCCACGAGGCCAUCGAGGCCAACUCGCAGUAUUUUCACCUGGCCGCCUGGGCCGUGCCGGCCAUUAAGACCAUCACCAUCCUGGCGCUGGGCCAGGUGGACGGCGAUGUGCUGAGCGGGGUGUGCUUCGUGGGGCUCAACAAUGUGGACGCACUGCGCGGCUUCGUGCUGGCGCCACUCUUCGUGUACCUGUUCAUCGGCACGUCCUUCCUACUGGCCGGCUUCGUGUCCCUCUUCCGCAUUCGCACUAUCAUGAAACACGACGGCACCAAGACCGAGAAGCUGGAGAAGCUCAUGGUGCGCAUCGGCGUCUUCAGCGUGCUCUACACGGUGCCAGCCACUAUCGUCAUUGCCUGCUACUUCUACGAGCAGGCCUUCCGGGACCAGUGGGAGCGCAGCUGGGUGGCCCAGAGCUGCAAGAGCUAUGCUAUCCCCUGCCCCCACCUCCAGGCGGGCGGCGCCCCGCCGCACCCGCCCAUGAGCCCUGACUUCACAGUCUUCAUGAUCAAGUAUCUUAUGACGCUGAUCGUGGGCAUCACGUCAGGCUUCUGGAUCUGGUCCGGCAAGACCCUCAACUCCUGGAGGAAGUUCUACACUAGGCUCACCAAUAGCAAACAGGGGGAGACCACCGUCUGAGACUGGGGACUCAGCCCAUUCCCAGCCCUCAGCCUGGUCCCAGCCACCCCAAAAUGCUGGCCCUAUGGAAUCCUUGCCAAGUCUGGCUACUCGAAGCUUUCUCAGUAGCCAUUCACUUUCGCGGGCUCCUUUUAACAACAAGGCUCCUGCAAAAGCUCUGUCCCUGGGGGCAAAGGGACUCGAGGGCCCAACUGCCAGAGCAGGAUGGACAGACCUCUCUUGCUCUGGUACCGGGACUGUAUGCUUUUAUGAUUGUAAAUAGCCUGUGUAAGAUUUUUGUAAGUAUAUUUGUAUUUAAAUGACGACCGUUCACGGGUUUUUCUUUUACUUUCCUUUUUUGUUUUUGGUUUAAAUUGUAAUUAUUUAGGGCGGUUUAACCAUUUGAGACUUUUUCUUCUUGCCCUUUGCAGAGUACCGCAGAGAGAAAACCAGAGCUCACUGCUCGUUGCUUCUGUUGGUGCUGGCCCGCCCCUCCCUGACGCGGGGUGGGGAGUGCUUGGGUUUGCACCGCCCGGAUCACUUUCCUGCUCCUCUGUCUGCUCCCUCCCUCCCCAUGCUUGCUGGGGUCUGGGAUCUUAAGGUACAGAACUCCACAAAGCUUGCAAGUCCGAGAGUGGAACCCCGCCCAUCCCAAGUCAGCCCUUGUCCGGGGCCAGAUUGCAAAGGCCUGUCCCUUAGACUAUCCGAAGCUGAAAUUUUCACUGUCCAGAACCUUACCCCUAGCUUCGAGGAGGCCCACGGAUGUGGGCACUGGCAGCUGCAGCCUCCCUCGCUCUGGCCUCAAACGCCCAGACACUCCCUUCUUCCACCUAAGUUGGUUAGAGGGUGAGUGGGAUAACCAAUGCCAAACUUUUCUUAAGUCUAAUUUUUGGUGGAUGAGCUCAUUUCAUUCUCCAGUGUCUAAAACCUGGUAUGGGUUCGCCCAGCGUCAUGGAAAGAUGUGGUUACUGAGAUUUGGGAAGAGGCAUGAAUCUUUGUGUGGGUUGGGAGAGACUGAAGAUGGGAGUUAUAAAAUGUUAAUUCUAAUUGCAUACGGAUGCCUGGCAACGUGCCUCUAGGAUUGAGACAGCCUGCAUAAAGAUGUACCGUUCUGUAAAAUGGAAAUGUUAGGUCACCUGGAAAGCUUUGUUAAGGAGCUGAUCUUUGCUUUCCUUAACAGGACAGCAAAACGGUAAACUGAAUAUGAAAACUUGAAGGAGAUUUCAGUGUAAUGGACGUCCUCAAAAUGAAGUGCUACUUUCUUAUUUUCAAUCAAAUAAUAAUUAGACAUAUAUCAGAAACUUUAAAAUGUAAAACUUGUACACUUUCAACAUAUUACUACGAUUAUUAUUCAACAACACAUUCUGAGGGAGAAACAAUCCACAUCACUAAUAAUAACCUGGUAAGAUUCCAGGAGGUAAAGGAGGUGGAAUAAUUGAUGGGAUUAGCUCCUGAAAUAAACAAAAUAUGGGCAUGCAUGCUAAAGGGAGAAUGUGUGCAGGUCUACUGCACUAAAUCCUGUGUGCUCCUUUUUGGAUUUACAGAAAUGUGUCAAAUGUAAAUCUUUCAAAGCCAUUUAAAAAUAUUCACUUUAGUUCUCUGUGAAAAAGACGAGAAAAGCAAUCCUCCUGAUGUAUUGUUUUAAACUUUAAGAGUUUAUCAAAAUGCCGGUACUUAGGACCUAAAUCUAUCUAUGUCUGUCAUACCCUAAAAUGACAAUGGUCUUUGAAUUUGGUAUGCAUUUAUUCUGUUCAUUAUCACAAAAUCAUCUAUAUUUAUAGAGGAAUAGAAGUUUAUAUAUAUAAUACCAUAUUUUUAAUUUCGCAAAUAAAAAAAUCAAAGUUUUGUACAAAAUUAUAUGGUCUUUGUGCCUGAAAAUAAUAGAGCUGGAACUGUAUGCACUAUGAACUACCUUUACAUUUUAUAGUGUCUAUAGCCAAUCCCACAGUAUACAAAUUCAGGAAUUUCAACGAAAAAGUCUAUCUUUAAACCUUCAGAUCAGUCCUUCCAAAGAAUUAACCGACUUGCAAUGUAGUGAUUGAUGUUGUGAAGUCCCUAGGAAAGAUCUGUUUCCAUGACAGUAACAAUAUAAAACAGAAGUUUGCAAAUUAUUUCUUUACUCAAAGAAGAUUAUUAAAAAGAGAACUCUAAUUUUAUUACAGCUUUUUUUCUUUUAAAGGGUAAA